GAAAUACUUAAAAUAUCACCGAUAUUUAGAAUUUAGACAAUAUUACUCGCUCUUGGUUUUUAAGAUGUGCUCGAACAUAUAAAACGAUAGUUACAUUAGAAUGAACUUAUGGAAAAUAAAACAUAAUUGAUACCCUCGUUAAAGUAAUUGAUCUUGUUGCAGUUAUCCCACAGAUGCAGAUGAGCUAAUGUUGGCAAAACAGACAGGCCUCUCGAGAAAUCAGGUAUCAAAUUGGUUCAUCAAUGCAAGGGUUAGAUUAUGGAAGCCAAUGGUGGAAGAAAUUCACACUCUUGAAACUAGACUAGCGCAAAAGGAUUCACAAAAGAAGGAACAAAAUGACAAUAAUCAAAGUGAGCAUUCUUCCAUCAGGAACAAUUCCGUUGCCACAACAUGCGAAGAUCAUCAGCUCCCAUCAAAGCGAAUGAGGGAAGAAGAAGAAAACCACAACUCAUUGCAGGGAAGUGAUCAAGAGGUGGCAAUGGACCUGUCAUCAUAUGGAAAUAUGUCACACCACUCUCGGCUGGGUAUUGGCCCGACCACGACCCGUGGCGUCUCAUUGACGUUGGGCCUUCACCAAAACAGCGAGCUUGGUCCAUCGACAGAUUCUUCUUUCCCCGUGAAUGCGGCUCAGCAGUUCGGUCUGGAUAUAGCAAGUACGGAAGGAUUUGUACUGUCUGGUUUAGACAAUAUAGCACAUCUUAAGUUGGAUAUCCAACUUAUCAUUUG